AUGCUGGCGAGGAUUUGCCAGCUCUUGGAGGAGCCAGAGGCCCAGGCUCAAGUGCUGACAGUGGAAAUUCUCAGUGACUUCGACGCAUUGACAGGACGAGCCUUGAGCAUACAGCGCCGCAGGCUUCAGCAGAACAUGCUCAAGCAAUGCAGGAUUCUCUGUGGCUACCGGAGUGGAUGGUCCGUGCAAGGACUGGCUUGGAGGCUGCAUGAUCCAGUUUUGGAGAAGGAGUCGUUUCUCGGAGCUUCGCUCACACAAAAGCUACUGCAGCAGCUGCAGAUAGCAUCAGCGGGUGACCCAGCUGCUGAACCAUGGCUGCCAACCGCACGCGCAGCUGCCCGAACCGCGCCAGCAUUGACCAAUUCGGCCGAUAUCAAUGAGGCGGAACAGCGUGCUAAGGCGAUCUCUGCAUGGACGGGGGCAUCAUUGGAUGCCAUCGUUUCAGAGGCACAUGUCUCCAUCCAGUACAGGAGCCGGGUGCACGAGUGGA